UUUUGACAUAAAACCGGAAGUAUUUGGAAUCACCGCUAACUUUAGCUAGAAAGCUAAACUUGAAGUCACUACUUUCAGUUUCACCAAGAUGCCUGAGUAAUGGACGGAACUUAGUGGGAAACGAAACCGUACCUUGUCGUUGUGUGCUAACAUGAGCGGCGGCGGAAACCAGCGAGCUAAUGGGGAGCGGGGGGCCGAGAAGUCCAUGGAUGACUACUUGAAAUCUCUCGGUCUGCACCGUAAAAGUAUCGCCAAAGAUGGGUCUUGUUUAUUUCGCGCUGUCGCCGAGCAGGUUCUGUUCUCCCAGAGUCUUCACACUCGCGUUCGAUCCCACUGUGUGAAGUUCCUCAGGCAACACAGAGACAACUAUGAGGCGUUCAUCGAAGGCGACUUUGAAGACUAUCUAUGCAAACUUCAGGACCCAAAGCAAUGGGUAGGAGAGGUGGAGAUCAACGCGUUGUCUCUUAUGUACAAGAGGGACUUUUUCAUUUUCCAAGAGCCUGGCAAGACUGCAGUCAACAUCACUGAGAACAACUUUGAAGACAAGGUGCAGCUGUGUUUUCUGAAUGGGAAUCAUUAUGACAGUGUUUAUCCAAUCACCCAAAUGAGGAGUGCUGCUGUCUGCCAAUCUAUAUUGUAUGAGCUGCUCUACGAAAAUGUGUUCGCCGUUGACAGCGGCGUGCUAGGCCCCUGCCUGAAGUCCAACCGAACUGCGCAUCUUGUCAGUGAUGACAACAUGGCCCCUUGUGUGAGCAGUGAUGAUUCGGAUGCAGAGGUCACAGAAGCACCAAAGGGAGCGAAGGACACUGCUACAACUGGGGUGAGACACGGCGGCCAGAGUUGGCGAGGCCGUGGACGUGGCAGACUGCCUGAACGAGUGAGACGAUCUCUCAACCCUUCUUUGUUUAGGAAUGUGGAGUAUGAUGUUUGGCACAAAUCCUUGAAAGCACAACAGAAGAGGGACUACUGCAUCGCUGCUGGGAUGCAGUACUCAGUUGGAGACCGUUGUCAGGCUGACGUGGAAGGUAAUGGGUGGUACUGCAAUGCUGUGAUUAAGGACAUUCAUGCUGAUGUCUGUGAGGUGACUGUGGAGACAGAGGAGUUGGGCCAAGUACGGGUGCCACUCUGGAAUCUUCAGUCUCGCAGCACCCAAAAUACAAGUCUGAAAGCGGUGACCAGAAGUGUAACCAGAGAAAAGAAGCCUGCCAAUGGACAUGGUGGAGAGUGGGAAGAGCGGCGGCGCGGGCGAGGCAGAGGAAGGGGCGCCACAGCGUCCUCUGUUCCUUCAGCAGCUGCUCCUGGUUCUGUGGGCCGCACUGUGAAGCAGCACUCCUGGCCUGCCCAGUCUGCUGCUGAGGAUCGAGGAGGACAGAGAGUCUCCAGAUUAUCUUCAGGCGACGCCGAGUCAGUUUCCUUUGGCUUGACAGAAGAGGAACGACAAGCCAAGCAGGAGGCUGAGAAGAACGUUGCACUGGUGGAGCUCCAUCUGAGAGACGAAAGUAGCUUUCCUGCCCUCAGUAGCAAUGGAGCAACAAAACAUAGUGGCGAACGAAAACAAUCGCAAAGGAGGAACACGAAAAGUCCUGUUGAAAGUCUCCAAGCUCCCUCUGCUGGUGAAGGACUGAAAUCCUCUCCUCCUCCUGACUCCACCGCAACACUUUCUGCAAACACGGACCGUGACGCUCCUUCACUUUCACGAAAUGAAAAACCUCCCAACUCGCUGGACUCCAUCAAAGUCACCACAACCGCCAGCACCCCUCCUUCCCAGGACCAUUCUGCUGGUGCUGCAUCAGUCGCAGACCGGAAAACAUCAGACGCUCCAAGGAGCAUCAAAGCUGUGUCCAGUUCACCCGCUGCACUGCGUCCAGCGUCACUCCCCUCUCCCACCUUCAUUGCUCCUAUCGCACCAGACCCCGCUGUUGCUCUGGGCUUCCACCGCUCUUCAUCCCAUUCUCACUCUCCUCUCCCCCACUCACCCAGUCCCCCAGCCCUGAUUUCCCCCUCAACCGAAGGUCUUCCAUCCAAAGUCAUUAGCGGUUCUUCAGCAUCACCUCCAGUCACAAAUGUGGUGGAGUCUCAGGCGGGGAGUCACCGUCCAAGCACUCCCCUUCAGAACCAAACCAAGUCAGCAGUGAAGCACAGCAGUCCAGUUCGACCUGACGAACACCAGUGCCUGGCUACUGUGUUGCCUGCUCAAAAUGAAGGAAAAGCUAUUCGUCCCAGUGCAGAUCGACCGCUCCAGAGCUUAUCCCUGGCGUCACCAAACCAGAACCAGCCACCCACGCUGCAGGUCCAGACCCAAAGUCCAGCCUCAUCUACUCACACUCAAAUACAGGCAGAUGCCAUGCCUUUAAAUACUCACCUUGAUUCACAAGAAGAAGUUGGAAAUCAGCAGAACCAGGUUCCUGACAGCCAAAUCCAGCCUUCCUUGCUUCCGACUCCAAAUCCACCGAACCAACCAGAGCAGCAGACGGCUGCUCACUCCAUUCCCCCAGAUGUCCAGCACCACUCUGAGGCAUUGGUGGCUCAAACCAAACCUGAAGGUCAAGCGCUUGACCCCAGUCUGCCUGAGCUGCACCAUCAAAGCCAGGCGGCUCCGGUCCUGGUGGAUGAUACAGCUCAACAGGAGCAGCCACCUCUCUGCUCCACCGUCGAAGGGAGUCAAACCCCUCCUAUGUUGCCCUCAGUCCCGGGAAGCCAGCCCUACCCGCAGCUACCGUCAGCACUUCCUCUCCUCUCUCACCCGGAAGUGCAAGGCAGUGUUCCUCUGCAGCAGCUGUCCCAGCUCUACCAGGACCCCCUGUACCCGGGAUUCCCUCAAGAGGCCAAUGGAAACAUGGCUCAGAUUCCCCCCUACUCCUCCAGGAAGUCUGGGGAGGAUCUGCCCCGAGAUGUCAACAUCCUGAGGUUUUUCUUCAACUUGGGUGUGAAGGCAUUCAAAAACUCCAUGUACCAGCCGUGUGUGUAUCUGCUCCCGCUGCAGCAAGCCUUCAACUUGCAUCUCAACCCCCCCUCUUCAACUGCCAAUUUUCUGCAUGCCAUUCCCCCGGCUGAACACCAGGGGGCGUACCAGCCUCAGCAGCACCAGUUCAUUCCGGAACCACAAUACAGCCCCCAGAUUCCACCCCAGUCCCUCCCUGCUGAGCCGUCAAAUCCCAGCGAGUCUGCCCGGUACCCCGUCAACCAGCCCGCCACCCACGCGGUUCCGGGCUCUCUGCUUCCAUGGCAACCGCCACAUCCCAAACGGCAGCUGUCCCCCAGCUAUCCUGCGAGCUACGCCACCCAAAGUCAGUACCCUGAUCCAGUGGCGCAGGUGUACCAGAGAGGGGGGCAAGCAGUCUACUCCCCCGCCAUGCCGAGCUACGCGCCCCCCUCACACCACUACCCGUCGCCCAACACACCAGGGGACCCCCAGGGAGCGGCUGAGCCGGGUCGUCAAAUCAAUGGAGCCUCGAUCCUGGGGCCUGGACACAGUCCAGUGUCAGGCGCUCUGGAGCAUUCAGCUGCCGGCUUUCACUCGGUGGACCCACGUGCCUUGAAGAAUGAGCAGAGUGGGAUGCGACUCAGGCGAGUCGAGCCACUGUUCGAGCAGCAUCGCAAGCCUCCUCCUGUCUCCUACCGUGACAUCACCAAUACAACCAUACCGAGAUCCGGCAACGCUCCUGGCUCGCCGGCACAUUACUUCAUGACAGAGAAAAGUGUUACCCUCGAUAGUAGGCAGAGCUUCGCUCAUCAACCCAACAAGACCUACAUACCCCACAAGUCCCACCAGCCCGGCUCCAGGAUGAACCACGCCACAGUCGGUUUUACCACUGAAGAUAACUGGUGUCAGCCAGGAGGGAUUACAUCCCUGACCUGGAGCAACCAAACAGCCAAAAGAGGUCCUCGACCUAGGGGAGGAAGACGAGGCAGGGGGGGGUCCUGGAGAGGUGACGGAGCCUCCGGCUACAGUCAGUUUAGCACCUACCCGGGGAGAGGCCAGGACAGAGAGUAGUAGCUGCUUUGUGGCCUUUGUUUUUUUCUGUUGAUGCCAAAAUGACGUGUACAUCACGUGGUCUACCCAGUUUUGCCAACAGCCUUGUGUGGUGACAACGUAGCAUGGUGACGACUUCUGUUAAAUUUGGAAUAAAUUAAGAGGGAUGUGUAUGUUUUUGCUGUCCAGACGCUGAUUUUGCACUCCUGUCAUGUUUCUUGCUUGUGAUCUGUGCGGGCGAAGUAGAAAUCAUCUGAGUGAAUGGAGUGUGCUGCGUCGCAUGUGAGUGUUGAGUGCGACUGUGAUACCAGAUGCCUUUUAGUACUUGCUGCUCUCUUUUGUGCUCCAGGUCACCUGGACUGUCCUUAUUGAAAGAUUUCUUUUUCGAACAUGAACACUGCUCAGAGAUUUGUUUUAU